AUGGUGUCGUUUUCGUGCGAGGCGUGCGGUGACAUCCUCACCAAGAAGAAGCUUGAUCCCCAUCGCAACCAAUGCCGCGGCGCAAGCUUUACUUGCAUUGAUUGUAUGGUCCACUUUCAAGGAACAUCUUACAGAGCUCAUACGUCAUGUAUGAGCGAGGCCCAGAAAUACCAGGGCGCACUCUAUAAGGAGAAGCCAGCCAAAAACGGCCGCAAAGGCAACAACAACAACAACAACAACAACAACAACAAUAAUAAUAACCAGAACGGCAACAAGAACAAUAACAACUCGAAGACGAAUAACGGUCACCGUGCUCCCUACGUCGAAGACGCCCCCGAUUCUCAACUCAACCUUGCCCCCGCUGCUCCCACUCCUCCUACUCCGAACCAAAACAAGUCGGCCCCGGCUCAAGAAGGCGGCAAAGUCAAUGUAUUCGACUUUUUAGUUGACGAAAAGACACCGAAUGCGUCCAAGGUCUCUAUCGCCGAACCCAAAGAACAAAUGAAGAUGAAGGAUCACGCGCCUUCGGUUUUCAAGGCGUCUCAGACGUCGGCGCGUGUUAAAGACAAUGACGGAAACAAAGAAUACGAGGAGAAUGGGUUCUCUUACGGCUCCGGGCCCAUUCAGCCACCAAUGUAUCCGAACAAGGAUGCUGCUGCGUCAAUGGAGUUCAUGACUCCUGCCCCGAAGAAAAAGAAGGAACGUCGUGGAGAGAGGAAGCAGUCACCCCCCACUCUGGCGACGACUGCGAGCGAAAAGAAGCGAAAGCGCCGGAUCGACGACCAUGACAUGGAGGACGCAGAUACUCCUAUGCUUGAGGCCCCAUCUAGUGUGGUUAACCACCCAGGAACCCCGAUGCUUCAUUCCGGUCUAACAGGCGGACUCGACCGCAUGCUUCGAUCGCCUUCUCUAGAUGGAGAGGAUGACUUGGAAAACCCGCGCCGACGGUAUCAGGAUCCUUCGUCGCCUCUCAAGCGCACACGGCGCGACGAGAAAGAAGGCCACGGAGACGCAGGCUUGGGCAUCUCAAUUAAGAACCGCGCUGAACGACUAGUUUCUUCUAUGUUUGCUGGAUCCAGCGUUUCCGGAAGCAGUGUUGCUGGCAACGAAACCGAGCCUCGCAAAGCGAAAAAGACUCACAAGGUCCGCCAUGACGAUCAGGCCCCCUCUUCGGAGGCCCUGAAAACUAAGCGCAAGAGUAGUGCGCAGGCCGACGGAGACCGUCCGUCGCGCCGUGCUAAGAAGGUCGAGUAUCCCGACUCUCCUCGAGACGACGGCCGCGAGAUGAUUGUCUACCGACAAGAAAACCACCCCGACGAGUCACAGCGCCAGAUGGCUGCGCACUUCAUGUCUCUGGUGACAAAGGGACCUGAAAGCACCCGAGGAUUCUCUGUCAACAAAGUUCUUAAGCGAUUCCACAAAGACUUCUCGGACGAACUGGAUGGCGAUCGCGGUCGAGGCCAAGGUCGUAGUCGCGCAGACCGCGAACAAAGAGUGGAUGAUGAAAAGGAUCUGUGGCGAACACUGCGUCUAAAACAGAAUGAGCGAGGGGAAAUCGUGUUGUUUUUCUAA